CCAGGAAAUCAGAAAGACACCCCAUUAUGGAUUCUGGUAUUCAUCAUUGACCAAUAAAUUGACCUCGUGGGUAAAUGGCUUGAUGUUAAUUCAUCUUGGUUUCUCAUCAUCAUCUUCUUUCCUUCCUGAGCAACUUUCCUCGCAAUGCCAUCUUUUUCUUUGGUAUUUGUCACGCUGCAUGCUGUAUAUUGUACAAAUAUACAAAUGAAACAUAUCUACCUAGAUGCUGCGUAGUAGUACUACAUUGUAUACAUUCCAAGAAUAUCACGGGGAAUUUGAUGAGAUUCCUUGGUAGUUAAUUAUUGGUCACAAUCACCAUCUCCUUUCAUAUGGUUUAACAAUAACCCCACUUCAUCCUGUUCAUCCUGUUCAUCCUGUUCAUUCAGUUCCCAGAAACACGGCUGAACCAGAAAUCCAAAACUUAUCGUCAUACAAGUGUUACCAUUCUGCAAUCGUCACGAUCAUUGUAAAAGAAUCAUACAAUCCCUUUUCUCCAGUCUCACAUUGAAAUUUGAAAUUAUCAUCACCGGAUUUGCAUUGUAGCACAAAAACAGAUGGCACCGCAGAUUUCAGUAUCUUUUGGAUGGAAGAAAUGAAUCGUUGUGAUAAAAUUGUUAUCAAUUUGCUGACUUGAUUCAUGCGAUUUCUAGGCUACAGUAACAACAGUUGUGGAUAUUGUCACAAUGAUUCAGGCAGCUAUUCGUACUACGCCAGAACCCAAACACUUCAGCCAGAAUUUUAUCAAGGACUUCUCGAUCGAGGAUGGAGACGCUCAGGCACCCUUCUCUAUAAACCCGAUCUUCGAAAAUCAUGUUGUCCACAAUAUGCCAUUCGUCUAGACUCUCACCAAUUCCGGCCAACAAAAGAUCAACGGCAAGUAUUAAAUCGUUUCAACAAAUAUGUCCUCGGAGAUACAUAUACGAAAGAAGCAGCAAGAUUAUAUCCUAAAUCACGCGAGCAAGCUAAGAAAUGUAACACGGACUUUGAUCUCGAGGAAAGAAUUCAUGAAGGGGAAAAGCAAAAGGUCAAAACGCCACCAGAGCCAGCACAUACUUUUACUGUGACGUUGGAAACAGAUGAGUUUACAGAAGAAAAAUAUACUCUUUUUGAAAAUUACCAACGGAUUGUUCAUCAUGAACCUCCUGAUAGAAUAAGUAAAGGAGGUUUCAAAAAUUUCCUCUGCUCUUCCCCUUUACCACGAAGCACCACAACCAUCGACGACAAAACCAAACAUCUAGGUUCCUACCACCAAUGUUAUCGUCUGGAUGGAAAAUUGAUCGCAGUAGGCGUCCUAGAUCUCCUCCCUAAGUGCGUCAGCGCAGUCUACUUCAUGUAUCACGAAUCGGUACAUUCUCACGGCUUUGGAAAAUUAGGCGCAGUGCGAGAAAUUGCACUAGCGAAAGAAGAGGGUUAUCAAUAUUGGUAUGCAGGAUUUUACAUUCACACUUGUGUGAAGAUGAGAUAUAAAGGGGAUUACAGCCCUCAAUAUAUUCUAGAUCCGGAAACGUACAAUUGGAUAAUCUUUGAUGAACAUUUGAGGGGACGAUUUGACGAGAGGAAAUAUGUCAGCGAGACUCAAAUAGCUUCGGAAUCCUCGGAAUCUUCAAUACGAAACUCGGAUUCAAAUAACACGCCGGAUGAAGAUCAAUCAGCCCUCUACAACGCAGAUAGUAAACCCAUCUUCGAAACUUCCAUGCCGGGUCUCCUUUCUAAAUCAGACAUCCUAACAAAAUCCCCACUCGAUCAUGUUAAAAUCCGCCUCGGCCAACGUGUGCACGAGACGCACGAGCUGGUGAGCUGGGAGAACGAUAGUGUAGGGGAUGUGGAUAGUCUCAAGGGCAUUAUUGCAGAGUUGAUUAGUGCGGUGGGAGUGCGGCUGGCGGGGGAAAUGGUGGUUUAUUUUCGAUGAGGGGUAGGGAGGCGAAGAGUGUGCGCAUUGCAUUGUAGGGAGGAGCGAGGGCGAUGCAUUAGAAGGUAGAUACCUAGGUAGAUAAUUGGGGACGAAGGAAUUACAUGACAUUAUAAUAUAAUGUGACGAUUAUACUCACAUUC